CCCGCUCCGAUCGUCACCGCGGCUGCACGCACGCCGCGACAUGACUCGCCCACUGUACGUACUCAUUGCGCUCGUCGCUCUCGCAUCGGCCGUCGAACCGCCCAGGCCGCGGCUCAUCGACUUCAACCCUUGGUCAUGGAUCCCGAACAACCGAAACAAAUCUCCAUCCAUCAUGGACUACUUCUUCCCACCGUCCCGAACCCCUAAACAAUCUAAUCUAGACCCACCCGCCGAUAGACAGCCCCCGACGGUACAAACUACCAUGGAUGAAGUGGCUACCAUGACCACAAUAAAUGAACGUCCCACAACCAUGGCUAGAAAAUCGCAUAACAGAAUAAAAACCACCCUCCCAGCCCCUCGUCCUACCGCAACCAUUCCGCCGAAGACAAAAAAGACAUCGCACAGAACCACCCCAACGGAGACUGUCCCAACUGUUGAAACUAAAAUAACGCAAACCAUCAAAACCGAGUUUACAACCACCAAAGCACCAGCUACCGUUCGGCCGACCAAACACUACUCUAUCCGGCCAGUGCGAACGACAGAAACACCAACAGUUCAGGAUACAGCAUCGACGUUGAACACGAACAGCGAUAGCACAGAAACGAUUGCUGUUGAGACGGCUGGGACUACCAAUGAGGUUAUGAAAGAAACGGUAGUUCCGACUCUCAGCACAGACCAGCAUUCCACAGACGGACCUUCCACAAUAUCUAUGGAAUCUACGACGUUGACGGAGAGCACGACGGAACCAGCAGACAGCCGCGAGGGAUACCUUCCACUGCGAGACAAACCGCAACAGACGCAUGUCAAGAUCAACGAUCAGACGAAAAAAGAGACGGUGCCUUUGCCAGCCGGCUCCACUUCUGUAUUGGCAAAACCGACGAAGUACCACUAUUAUCCUCACAAUCAACACAUUUAUUUGCUUCCCGAAUGUGCCAUUCAACAGGUGUGUAAUGCGGUAUACGUCCGUUUAAAUUACACCCAACCGCUGUGUGCGUGCCCGGCGCGUUACCGAGACCCCUGUUCUGCGAGCCUCAACGCCGACGACCUGCAUACCACGCGGCUCACCACAGAUUCCAAAAAGAAGUACGCAAAGAAAGCGGUGACACUGGUGAAAACUUGCGAAGCCGUCUCCGAGAUGAGAGAGUGCAGAGCGCCGCGGGAUUGGUCGUUAUUAGCUUUACAGAACAUAAGGACUGGCAAAUCGCACUAUUUGGUUAUCUGUAGAUGCCCUGAUACGCAUAUAUUAGAAGGGCCGAUGUCUCACGACCAGCCGACGUACGCUUCCGUACCGGGCAUCAGGGUGUAUGGAAUGAUGUGCGUUCGGCCUACUACUGCUUAUCAUUCCACGUUCACCAACCGAUUCCCAGGCGGAGUACAAAGCACGACCAGCUCGUACAAGGUGGACUAUUCUCAAGCGCACUCGUACGACAAGCCGGUGUACAACCGAUAUCACACAAACAGCUACCUAGACAACUUCUACAACCGGCGAACCAGGGCCGCUCGCGUGAGGCGAACGACCACAGAAUACCCCCCGUUCCCAUGGUACAAAGUCAUAGAAUUGGCGCGAUCGUUACAUUGGAUCAAUUAAGAGAAAACUAUUGUUUCAAAAGUAUGUUGGGUUCAAGUAGGCCUUGUUAUCGUAUAAGUGAAAUCCGCCUCAUUGAAUUCAACGAAAACUUUAGUUAGUGUAAUGUAUUAUCUCAUUAUGGCGGAUGAAUUGUGGUUUUCAUAACAAUGCUACACUAUUGUAAUGUGUAGUUAAUUAUUUGUCUCGGUAACAGAUUGCAAUCUAUGUGAGCAUCUUUUUUCCAUUUCUUUUAUUCGUUUCAGUAACUUAAAACAAUACCUGAAGGUGAAAGUUACAUUUAAAAAGGUGAAAAAUGAAAUUUUACAUAACACAUAUUAUGUAUUCAAAUGAAAAAAUCCUAUAUUCCGGUUUUACUUCUGCUUAUUUGCUUUCAAAAUAGAUUUAUUAAAACUACAGUUCAACCGUCUACAUGAGACAGGAAUACGAUAUAUAAUAUCAAAACGCUUCAGCUUUCAUGUACCAGUAUAAAGUAGAUAUUAAUCUGAGUAUUACUUUAAUUCUGUGAAUACUCAAUCCUGUACUGCAUUUAAUAGUACUUAAUAUUAUCUAUCUUAAUCAGUACUUAAAGUAUUAUCGCAAGUUGAUAAUAUACAUAGCAUACCUACAGUUAUGUUUUAAUUCUGACACAAGGUCUAUGUAUAUUUUCAAUUAAAUAAGUAUUUACUGUUUGCCAGAAUAUUAGAAAUAACUGGACCUAAUUUAAGUAAAUUCAAUUCACGAGAUUGCCAAUUAAAAAAGAAUAAUUAUAAGAUUAAAAAUGUACACAAAACAAUGUGAUAAGUGUUCAGUGCAUUUCAGUGUAAUUCGAUGCAUUUAUAGACUUCUAAGUUAGUUAUAAAAUUAUUUAUAUUAAUCGUAAUAUGAUAUGAUGUAGACAAUUGCCGUGUAAAUAGUAGUGAUAAUUACAAUAUUUGUAAUUACGGACGAUUAAAAUUUAUAACAAAAUUUUAAA